AUGCCGACGGUACUGUGCACACCCUUGUCGACGAAACCAGACAGCCGUUCGACAUCAGAUUGGAAGGAAGCCUUGGCGGCGACAACGGCGUUGGAUUCUCGAUGGCCUGUGUGUUUCCCGCGGAGUGCGUGUCAUCAACGCGAGGCCGAGCCCCGCUAUGAUGACCCUUUUGUCGUCAAGACUUUUGAUCCGCGUCAUUCAAUCUGUCUGCGGCAAGAGUACAGCCUCGGCGAAUUCGACCGAGAGGAGAUCCUCGAGGAUGUCGCAGAGUCCAUCUGGAGGGGUUUCCAGGCCGCAUUCGAACACGACAUGACCGAUUCAUACAGCCCUUCUCAAAAGCUGUCCGAGGGAACCCAGGAGAUCCGCAGCGGGCUGACACAGCUGUUCCUGUUUGGCGACAUCUACGGCCACGGCUCAGCUGACGAGCUCGUCGAUAACCAGUUCGGAAGAGAAGCAGCUGCCAGGUUCGAAACUCUCAUGACAUCAGCUGGGUACGCCGAUGGUCAAGUGGUAGUGGCCGCCAACUCUCUGCCCGAACCGCAGUCGAGAGACUGA